UUCCCUGUGGUCCUACGUAGGAAAGAUGGCGGCGGCGCAAGUAGCGGGUUCUUUGACGAGCGGACCGGCGAAAGAAGCGCAGGGGGAGCCACCCCUCGAGCAGGGCCAUGGGUUCCGCUGCUUGUCAGCCAGGCUCUGCGCCCUGCGACCGGAUGACAGCAGCUCCAGCCGCACCGAGCUCCACCUGCUCUUCGACCAGCUCAUCUCCGAGAACUACAGCGAGGGCAGCGGCGUGGCCCCGGAGGACGUCAGUACUCUUCUUGUCCAAGCUUGCCAACUGGUGCCUCUUAAUCAGAAUCAUCUUGUCAGCAAAUUGUCUCAGCUUAUCCACCAUUUACUUAACACACUACAGGUGAUUGUUGAUGAACAGAACCUGGAUUUCCUGUUGGCAUAUACUAUUUCUGCUAUUCAGCAGUGCAGUUCCUGGACACACAUGCAGAUUCUCCAAGCCUUGGCAGCCCUGGUUUACUGCAACGGCUCCAAGUGUCAAAAGUACCUCCCAGACUUGCUUGGCAAGAGCGGACUCUUGAUGAAGCUGAGUGACUUGGCUCAGUCGGACCCUGAAGUUAGGAGAGCUGCAGUGCAUUGUAUGGCAAACUUAUGUCUCAGUGUGCCAGGACAGCCGUACUUGGAGGAGCCCUACCAAAAUAUCUGCUUCCAAGCUUUCUUGACCACUUUACAGUCUCCAAAAUCAUCUGAUAUGGAUGAUAUCACGUUUUGCAUGUUGUUACAAAAUGCAUUAAAAGGUAUACAGUCUCUUCUAAAUGGUGGGAAGAUGAAACUGACACAGACUGAUGAACUUGGAGCUCUUCUGGCUGUGCUAAAGAAAACCAUGUUCCAUGGACUCCCUGGACUAAACAUAGAGAUGCCCACGGUGUUGUACCCCACUCCACUUCCUCAGUAUGAUGGACGACCACCCAUCAAACCGCAGCAGACAGAAUCCAGCACUUCUCGACCAGCUGUGAAUAAAAGGAAAAAAUCAAAAGUAAAAGCGAAGAAAAUCCAGCAAGGAGAGGAGGAGGAGGAAGAAUCCAGUGGUGAAAGAGAAGUAGCCCCAGUCACUGGCUCAGGCAGACUGAACCCGCAUAAAGGGGACACUCAGUGCCCCUCCUCCCUGGGUGUUUCGAGUUUGCCAUUAGCUGGAAGUGGAGCUGCAGGAAAAGACCAAGUCUCCUCAUCCUUCAGUUCUUCCAGUUGGAAGAGAGUCAGCAGUAGUGAGUCAGACUAUUCUGAUGCUGAAGGAGGCAUGCAGAGUAAAGUGAGGUCUUACCAAGCCAAAGUUCGCCAAGGAGCAUUAGCCUGUUUUCUUUCUACUAUAAAAUCAAUAGAAAAAAAAGUUCUUUAUGGCUACUGGUCAGCCUUUGUUCCUGAUACACCUGAGCUUGGAAGCCCACAGUCUGUGUCCUUGAUGACUCUUACAUUAAAAGAUCCUUCUCCAAAGACGCGUGCCUGUGCUCUGCAAGUUUUAUCUGCCAUCUUGGAAGGCUCAAAGCAGUUUCUUUCUGUUGCUGAAGAUACCAGUGACCACAGAAGGGCUUUCACUCCCUUUUCUGUAAUGAUCGCUUCUAGCAUUAAAGAGUUGCACAGAUGUCUUUUGUUAGCUUUGGUGGCUGAAUCAUCCUCACAGACCCUUACUCAGAUAAUUAAGUGCCUUGCAAACUUAGUAUCAAAUUCACCUUAUAACCGUCUGAAACUCAGCCUGCUGACCAAAGUCUGGAACCAGAUAAAGCCUUAUAUCCGCCACAAAGAUGUUAAUGUUCGUGUGUCCAGUCUCACACUAUUGGGGGCCAUAGUGUCCACUCACGCACCUUUACCUGAAGUCCAGCUACUUUUACAACAGCCCUGUUCUUCUGGACUCAGCAAUAGCAAUUCAGCCACUCCUCACGUCAGUCCUCCUGAUUGGUGGAAGAAAGGCCCUUCAGGACCCUUUCUGGAAGAAGCCGCAGUUAGCUCACCAAAGGUGUCUUCAGAGCCCUGCUGGCUCAUUCGACUUUGCAUUUCCAUUGUUGUUCUGCCCAAGGAAGAUGCCUGUUCAGGUAGUGAUGCUGGCUCCACAGGAGGAAGCACCUAUGAGCCAUUCCCCUUGCGACUGGAGGCCUUACAGGUGUUGGCUCAUCUGGCAAGGGGCUACUUUUCAAUGACUCAGGUCUACUUGAUGGAGCUUGGAGAGGUGAUUUGCAAGUGCCUGGGGGAGGCAGAUCCAUCUGUCCAGCUUCAUGGAGCAAAGCUUCUGGAAGAACUGGGUACAGGCUUAAUACAACAGUAUAAACCAGAUUCUUCCAUAGCACCUGAUCAGAGAGUGCCAGUCAGCUUGGUGGUGAUGUUCUGGACUGUGAUGCUGAACGGUCCUUUACCCAGAGCCCUGCAGAAUUCAGAGCAUCCGACUCUGCAGGCGAGCGCCUGUGAUGCCCUGUCUUCCAUCUUGCCAGAAGCCUUCAGCAAUCUGCUGAGUGACAGGCAGAUCCUGUGCAUCACCAUGCUGCUGGGGCUGAAUGACAGCAAGAACCGAUUAGUGAAAGCUGCGACCUCUCGGGCCCUUGGGGUCUACGUGCUUUUUCCGUGUCUCAGACAGGAUGUCAUAUUUGUUGCAGACACAGCAAAUGCAAUAUUGAUGUCACUUCAAGACAAGUCUCUUAAUGUCCGGGCCAAAGCAGCCUGGUCCCUAGGCAACCUGACAGACACUCUGAUUGUCAACAUGGAAACACCAGACCCAAGUUUCCAGGAAGAAUUCUCUGGCCUCCUGCUCUUGAAGAUGCUGCGAUCAGCUAUAGAGGCAUCCAAGGAUAAAGACAAGGUAAAAAGCAAUGCAGUCCGGGCCCUUGGAAAUUUGCUUCAUUUUCUGCAACCAUCUCAUAUAGAAAAACCCAGAUUUGCUGAAAUCAUCGAGGAGGCUAUCCAGGCCCUAAUUUCUACUGUUCUAAUUGAGGCUGCCAUGAAAGUCCGAUGGAAUGCUUGUUACGCAAUGGGGAAUGUAUUUAAAAAUUCUGCUCUUCCCUUAGGAACAGCCCUGUGGACCUCCCAGGCCUACAACGCCCUGACAUCAGUUGUGACAUCAUGCAAGAACUUCAAAGUGCGCAUCAGAUCUGCCGCUGCCCUUUCUGUCCCGGGCAAGAGAGAGCACUAUGGAUCUGUUGACCAGUACGCUCAGAUCUGGAAUGCAUUGGUCACUGCCUUACAGAAGAGUGAAGACACCACAGACUUUUUGGAAUUCAAGUACUGUGCUAGCCUACGGACCCAAAUCUGCCAGGCACUGAUUCACCUCUUGAGCUUGGCCAGCGCCUCAGACCUGUCCUGCAUCAAAGAAACCCUUGAAUUGAAUGGGGACAUGGUCCAGUCCUAUAUCCUACAGUUUUUAAAAUCAGGAACAGAGAGAGAUGACACUGGAGCACCCCACAACCCGCAGGAAAGAGACCAGAUGGUCAAAACAGCCCUGGAGCACAUAAGCAGUGUCCAGGCACUGGCUGGCGACACAGCCAAAAGGGCCAUCAUGGGCUUUUUAGAAGAUAUCCUGGCCGUUUAUUUUGACUCAUCUGGAUCACAAGUAGCACUCUUAGGAUUAACAAAUCGGUGUCCAGGUUUCUGAAAACAGAUGUUAAUAUUCGUAUGCAGGGAAAAAGCAAGGUCCUAGCCCACCCUGUCUCUCCCACUGCAUGCAGCUGUAGUGCCUGGACUCAAUGCAUGGAGCAGCUAUCUUGGAAAGGAAAGAAUAACAGGAAGAUCAGGGAAGGAAAGGGGAACUCCGAGUACCACCAAACUGGCAGUAAGUUUACUGUUUUUCCCACUCUGGUGUCUCCUGGCCUGGACUCCAAGCAGGCAGAAUCCUGGACCUGCAUACCAUGAAGGCAGAAGGAGCUCCCAGAGAAGCUGUCUAUUUCUGGUCCUAGGAUGGGGCAAGAGGGCCUAUGUAAGUCAGAGAGAGUCAGGGAGAUCCCUGUUUAUUGCUGCUUCUCAUCUCCCACUCCAGCCCCUCGGCAAUCCCACUGCAGCAGAGGCUGUCACAGCCAGGCAGGUGCCUAAAACUUCAGGGAGGGGAACCGUUCUCUCUGACCAGAGGAAGUGCGGUCCCAACAGCAAGAGAGUGAUGCCCAUUGCUUUCUCUUGCUCUCUGGGUUUUCUCAUUUGACUUCUUGGUGUGAUAAUAUUUUGUUAAUAGAACUGUGACACCAGAGGGAAAUUCAAAACCGUGAGAAUGAAGGAAGAGCACAGAAAUGGGAAAUAUUUGGAUAAAUAGACUAUUUUUCUCAUCUUAAGCUUCUUAUAACAUGUAUAAUCAGUUAAAACAAGACUUACAACAUUGUCUGACGGGGUCUUCAGUGAAUAUAGGUGUAAUACACAUGAAAGUUACCACAUAAAGAGGAAGUGUGAAGAGAUUUAUACAGUAGUAAGAUUUCUAUAUUUCACUUGAAUGAUAAAAUAUUAAUCCCAAACAACCUAUGAAAAGUUAAGUAUUUUUUAGUCGCUAGAGAAACCACAUGCACACACACACAAAUUACACAGAAGAUAUAUUUAAAAACUCAAUAGGUAAAGUGGAAUACUAAAAAAUAUUCAAAUAAUCCAAAAGAAGACAGGAAAUGAAAGACAGGAAUGAAAAACAUAGGGAACAAAUAGAAAACAAAAAACAGUAGACCUAAAUCCAAACAUAUCAACAGUUACAUUAAGUUUAAAAGGUCUAAGUAUACUAAUUAAAAGUCCGAAUGUAAAAGUAUCCAAGACCCAGCUAUAUGCGUUUUAUAAGAAACCCAUUUAAAAUAAGUAGUAUAGGUUAAAAAUAAAAGGAGAAAGAAAAAUAUACCAUGCAAAUACUAAUCAAAAGAAAUUUGGAGUAGCUAUAUACUGUCAGACAAAAUAGACUUCAGAGCAAGAAAAUUUACCAGGCAUAAACAUGGAAAUUGCAUAAUGAUAACAGUGUCAAGUCACAGAGAAGACCUAACAAUGGUAAAUGGAUAUGAACCUAACAACACAUCUUCAAAACACAUGAAGCAAAGACUGAUAGAACUGAAAGGAGAAAUGGCAAGUCAGCAAUUAACAGUUGGAGACUUUUAACACUCACUCCUUUCUCAGUAACCAAUAGGACAAAUAGACCAUAUUCUGGAUCAUGAAACUGAACAGAUUUUUAAGAAUUGAAUUCGUACCAAGUAUGAUCUCUGACCAUAAUGAAAUUAAGCCAGAAAUCAAUCUCCAGGACAUCUCUAAUUACUUGAAAUUAAAUAACAUACUUCUAAGUAAUCCAUAGGAGGUCGAAGGGGGAAGUCUCAAAGGAUAUUGGAAAAUGAGAACUUAGAAAAUACUUGAAACUGAACAAAAUGAAAAUAUAAUAGUAUUUGAUAUAUAACAUAUCAAAAUGUAUAGAUGCAGCUAAAGCAAAGCUUUGAUGGAAAUUUAUAAUAUUUGGUACUUAUUUUAGAGAAGAAGAAAGGUUUCAAACAAUCACCUAAGUUUCAAACUUAACUAGGAAAAUAAGAAAAAAACCUAGAGCAAGCAGAAGGAAGAAAAUUAUGCUGAGUGAAAGAAGCCACUCUCAAAAUGUUACAAACUGUGAUUCCAUUUACAUGACAUUAUGGAAAAGGCAAAACUUUAGGAAUGGAAGACAAAUCAGUGGUUUGCAGGGAUUGGGAUGGGGGCAGGAUUCGACUACAGGGAAGCAUGAGGGAGUUUUGGAGGGAUGAUGGAACUGUUUGGAGUCCUGAUUGUGGUGGUAGUUACAUAAAUCUAUGCACGUGACAGAACGCAUAGUACAGAAUACUCCCCCAAACAUCUAUAAUUUUAAAAAAUCUCUCUCUCUCACACACACACACACACACACACACACACACUCGAUCUCUCUUUCUCACUGUACAGACUGUAUCUUUGUAUCAUUGGGUACACAUAGCCAACUGUGUGCCAGGUAUAGUAGCACUAAAUACAUUUUUAAAAUAUAUUUUAAAAGAUGGGGGUUUAUCUUAUGCCUAAUUAUAACGGUAAUAAUCAACAUUUAUUGGCUGCUUUUUAUUUGCCAAGCACAAAAAUGAUCCUAGAUGCAUUAUGUUAAUGCAUUUCUAACACUUAAAACCAUCCUAUUGUAAACAAGAAUAUAUUUUGUAGCUAUUUGUAUUACUUAAACAUUUAAAAUCUUUUUGGUUCUCUGAUUCUUUUGGCAAACAUUUUUUAAAUUUUAUUUUUUAUUUAUUUUUGGCUGCCUUGGGUCUUCGUUGCUGCGCGUGGGCUUUCUCUGUUUGUGGCGAGCAGGGGCUACUCUUCGUUGCGAUGCGCGGGCUUCUUAUUGCAGUGGCUUCUCUUGUUGCGGAGCACGGGCUCUAGGUGCGUGGGCUUCAGUAGUUGUGGCAUAUGGGCUCAGUAGUUGUAGCUCCCGGGCUCUAGAGCGCAGGUUCAGUAGUUGUGGUGCACAGGCUUAGUUGCUCCGUGGCAUGUGGGACCUUCCCAGACCAGGGCUCAAACCCAUGUCCCCUGCAUUGGCAGGCAGAUUCCCAACCACUGGGCCACCAGGGAAGUCCCAAACAUUUUUUUUAAUUGAGAUAUUGUUGAUGUACAAUAUUAUAUAAGUUUCAGGUAUACAACAUCGUGAUUCACAAUUUUUAAAGGUUAUACUGCAUUUAUAGUUAUUAUAAAAUAUUGGCUAUAUUCCUUGUGCUGUACAAUAUAUCCUUGUGGCUUACUUAUUUUAUACAUAGUCGUUUGUGCCUCUUAAUCUCCUAUUCCUAUUUUGCCCCUCCCCCCUUCCUUCUCCCAACUGGUAACCGCUAGUUUGUUCUGUAUAUCUGUGAAUCUGUUUCUUUGUUAUAUUCACAAGUUGGCGAACAUUCUUAAAAGUACAUACAAGCUGCAGCAUGUCUUGGAAACUCAAGUUGUAAACUAUAGCUAUGUAGCAGGACGGCCAGCAGAUGGAGACAGAGAACACAAAAUGAUUCAGACUCAGGGCUCUCACCAAAGCUGUGAUUCUCAAGCUCGGGAGCUGCAGCACCUGGAUUUCAGGUUGCUCUCGUUAGAGCAGUGUUUCUCAAACCUGGCUGCACGUUGGCAUUACUUGGGGAACUUAAAAAAAAAAUACCGAUUCUGAGUUUAGUGGUCGGGGGUACUUUUGCCAUUGGGAGGUUUAAAAUCUGCACAAAUGAUUCUAAUUACAGCAAAGUUUCAGACCCACUACUUUAGAACACACACCAACAGGCGGUCUCAAGCUGGCAUGUUUCAGAAUCACCUGGAGAACUUGUGAAAACAAGUACCCAGACUGUUGUAGUCUUCAUUCUUUGGAGAACCAGUGCAUAUUGAAAUGUUGAUGUAUCAACUUAAGACAGUUACAUAUAUAAUCAGGACUAAAUCUGAUAUAGUCUCAGACUAGAUUCUAAUAUAUCAGAGUAACUUCAGGCAUCAAAUGUUUAAGAAAAUUUUAUAGGAGAAAAAUUGUAAUUGAGAAAACGCUAACCGUGAACUUAAUUUUUCCCCUGGAAAUGGAGAGAUGCCCUGGGCCACCCCUAGCCUGUCUUGUGUAACACAAGAGCAAGGUUCCCAAGACUGGCCAGCAGGUUCCCUCGUCAGAGAAACAUAGCCUACGCAUGGUGUCGGGUUCCAGAAGUUUAUAGUCGUGUUUGGUCAUUCCAUGGAAGGCAUCAGGAAAAAGUAGAGCUGCUCAGGCAACCGGAUUCCCAGCCUUCAUGGUGCAGGCUCCCCCAAUUUUUUUCCACUUUCUUUCACCAAAGUGUUUAAAUUAUUUUAAUAUUAAAACCAUCAUAGAUUCAUUUUCUAAAUAACAUUUAUUGAUUUUCCAUAUUAUACAAGUAAUGAAUCUUCAUUGUGGAACUUUAGGAAAAAACAAAACAAUAAAUAUAUGUAAGUAAGAAUGACUUGAGAUAAUCACUAUUAUCAUUUUGAUAUGUUUCAUGAUACAUGUCUAUGUAUGUGUAUACACUGUGUGGACUCACACACUUCAGUUAUGUGUGUGUGCACAUGAACACUCUUCCAGAUAUAUUGUGGGAAAUUAGUCUACAAAAUUGUGAUCAUAACCUGUAUACUUUCUUGUAGCCUGCUAUUUUACUUAACAAUGUAUCAUGAGCACUAAAUACUCUUCUAAAACAUGACUUUAAUGAUUUGAUAAUA